CAUAAGAGGGUAUAUAAAUCCCAGCAGGGACCGCUGAGCCUCCACUGAAGGUGAAAGUCUGGCCUGGCAGCUUUCCCUAGGCAAGAAGCAACAAGGUUCAAGAAUGCAGAGCUGCAGAUAUGCAAAUUAACAUCAUCACUGAUAAGGGCAACACAGUUGUGGCAGAUCUCCGGAGAUGAGUGGUUCACAGCGACAGGGCCCUGGACCCCAGAUCUCUACUUCCAGUAUUUUCCAGAAGCUGUUGGAAACAAUGUUCAUCUUGUAUAUAUUGAUAGUGUGUGUUUCUGCCUUGACCACUCAGCCAGAGGAACAAGCAGUGGCUUCGACACUCUGCCAAUUUCAUGGUAAACAUUAUAAAGCAGAAUACAGGCUGGAAGGGGAACCUGUGGUUCUGAAGUGUCCCCUGGUACAGUCUCAGUUAGAGGCAAAUGCCAGCUCCCACAUCCUCCUGACCUGGCGUAAAAACAACUCUGCCCAGCUGGUCCCAAGAAAAGAACCAAGGAUGUGGGUUGGGGAUGGUGCUCUCUGGCUUCUGCCUGCCUUGAGAGAGGACUCUGACACCUACAUCUGCACAGUCAGAAAUGCCUCUCAAUGUGGUGAAAUGUCCACUGAGCUCAGAGUUUUUAUGAAUACAAAAGCUUCCCUGAAGCUCGUCUCCUACGUUCAAGUUGUGACUUUGUCAACCUCUGGGAUGUUAGUGUGUCCUGACCUGAGGGACUUUCUUCCUCACAGAACUGAUGCGAAGGUUCGGUGGUACAAGGAUUCUGUCCUUUUGGAUGAAAACAACAGUAAAUUUGUGGGAGUUGGAAAACGCUUGGUCAUAUCGAAUGCAUCUAUGGAAGAUAUGGGCUACUUCACAUGUGUCCUGACAUUUUCCCUCAGGGGCAGAGAAUACAACGUCUCUAGGAAUAUUGAACUUCUUGUCAAAAAAAGAAGAGAGGAAACUAUUCCUGUAAUCGUAUCUCCCUUGGAAACCGUAACAGCAUCUCUGGGGUCAAAACUGACAAUUCCAUGUAAAGUGUUCCUGGGGCCAGACGAAGAUCCCCCCUUUGCCUAUGUGCAGUGGAUGGCUAACAACAGCGAAGUCCCGAACACCUAUCCCGGAGGCCGAUUAAUGCAGGGGGAUGUUCGGGAAUAUUCAGAAAACAAUGAGAGCUACAUUGAAGUACCACUGCUUUUUAAUCCAGUCACAAGGGAGGAUUUGCAUACAGAUUUUACCUGUAAGGUCAAUGGCAAACAAAGUCAUCAGGUCCUACGUACCACAGUCAAAGAAGCUUCCCCCACAUUCUCUUGGAAGAUUGCGCUGGCCCCACUGUCUCUGGUCAUUUUGGUUUUGGGGGGAAUGUGGAUGCAUAGGUGGUGGAAAGACAGAGCUGAGAAGCAUAUUCUCUAACCACGCUAAGAACUGGCCAAAGACUUCCCAUCCUACUCAUGUACGAUAAGGGAAAUGUAGUGGUGCAAACUCAUCUGUGUCAUUUCUUAUGGAAGCAUUGUGCCUUGAGGACUCCUGUCCUCUUCUCUUUAACAAAGCUCUGUGUUUGGAAUAAAAGAAUGAAAUCUUA